AUGGCCCUCCGAGCCGUGACCCAGGUGGUGUCAAAACGCCUACGGCGGGUUGCGGCUGCAGAGGACGUCGAGAGGUACCUGACCGGGGAGACCGAGGGCGACUUCCGGGCCACCUCAACGCAAGUCCAGUCUGUGUGGACCGAGGCCCGGAAGGCCUCCCGCCGCCUUGAAGUGGGGUGGGAGCUGCAGCUCGACGGUGCCCGAAUCACUUGCGGAGACGUCUCGGUCUCCGCCAAACAUCGCCACAGGGUGAUCCGGACCCUCCGGCUCAUCCUGACAGCAGCACGGGACACGGCCCUCCAGCAGAAGCCCAACCAGGGCAAGGUGAUGGAGUGUGUCGCCUCUGACCCAACCAGUUCCCACUUCAUGAGGUCAGGGCGGCACACUCGGUUCGCCGACUGGAGGUUUGUGCACCGUGCCCGGCUGAACCUGCUUCCCUUGAACGGCACACGCCCGUGGGCCGGAGCUGCCGACCAGCGGUGCAGAGCCUGCGGCUAUCCCCGGGAGACGCUGCCACACGUCCUCUGCCACUGCAUGGUGCAGAGCCGGGCCCUCACGGACAGGCAUGACCAAGUGGUGAGCCGUAUCAGGGCUGCAGCCGCUGGCCGGUUCACCAUAACUCAUGAGAACCAGCCCGUCGGCGGCACAAGCCUGCGACCUGACCUGGUGCUCGUCCGGGGUGAAGAGGCCCUCAUCAUCGACGUCUGCUGCCCCUUCGAGAACCGUCGCGCCGCACUGGAGGAAGCUCGCCUACAGAAGAUCACCAAGUACGAGCCCGUGCGGCAGCUUCUACUGCGGCGGUUCCAGAGGGUGGCAGUGGAGGCCGUGGUGGUGGGGGCGCUCGGGUCGUGGGACCCUGCUAACGACCGAGUCAUGCGUCGCCUGUGUAGCAAACCACAUGCACGGACCCUGAAGAGACUGAUAGUCAGCGAGACUAUAGCAAAAUCGAGAGACAUGUACGUAAAACACGUCGGGAAGUGA